AUUUUAUCUUAGAAGUACACUUGGGCAUCCCAAAUGAAAAAGAAAAUGUCAGACUUCAUGUAUAAAUAACCAUAUCAUUCAGAAGUAGCUGAAGGCCAUAUUGUAUCGUAUACGAGUCAAUAUAUAACCCUAGUAGAAGAACAAACUCUCUAGAAAGACAGACUAGAAGCAAAUGGAAGGUACAAAAAGCGAGUCAUAUUUUGUUUUCAUGAACUAUGAUCCUCAGUACCAACGCCUUCGAGCUGAUCGAACAAAGAGAGGAGCAAAUGAGCUAGAUUUAUUCCUAAGCCGGAAGCAUGACCAGUUGUUGGCAAGAACCCUUGACCCAGGAAGCUACAAGAAGACAUUGUCUCUCGUCAUUGUUGAUGGGUUUUCUGUGGAAAUUACUGAGGACCAGGCCAGUGUGCUUAGAUCUGCAAAAGAAGUGAGACUAGUGGAGAAAAAUCAAGAGCUUGCUUAAUGUAGCAGAAAGAGAAGAUCAAGUUUAGAGAGUGCGAACAGGAAAUGAGUUAGUACGGGAGCUUCUGUGGCUGUAUGUUAAUUGGGGUGUGAUUAUGGGUUAACUAAAAUAAUUAAAUAGUAAUAUUGCUGGUAAAAAUCUAGGAAGAUUUGUUUGAGAAUUGUACUUUUGGAGUUGUGAGAAUUGACUCUCUCUCUCUCUCUCGGAUCCAGUGAGUUCUCACCUUCUUAAACCAUUCUUUUAAUUGAGUUAACUGUUUAAAUCAAGAUUUGGUAGACUGAGACCGGCCAAAAUAGAGCUCGUUUUCGUUGGUUUCUGGCUUUUUAUCCAGUGAGAGUUGUAUGGUUUUUGAUAUGCAUAUGAAAGUUUGAGAUGCUA